UUGAAAAUGGCGCCUUUAUGACAAGGUUUUGAAAUCACUUCUGUGGUCAUGCUUUAAUUUAGACGCGCAGUUGUAGCGGAAAGUGUUUACUUCUGUCCCUAUCGAGGCAGAUUUUAGUACAUUAACAUUUGGCAUCCCACCCAAUCGUAGUGGAAACACGAAAUGGACGCAGACCGCAAUCCUUCGCCCCCGCCCGAGUUCUUGGACGUAGAGGAGUCUCUGUCAGGUGACAGGAUUUCUGGAACCGUUUUUAGCAGGCAGUGGGUUUUCCAGUGCCUUCUGAAUGCAAUAAAGGUUGCAGAGAAUGAAAGCACAAUGACAACAAACACAGAAGGUGAAGCAGUGGAUGCUGUUGAAUUGGAUAAGGAGGUGGAGGAUGAGCUCUGUACACUAUGGGAUAUGUCUGCAAAUUCUGAUGUAGCACAUUUUCUGCAAGAGUUCAAAGCAAGCGAAAUAUUUCUUCAAGUCAUCAGCACGUCGAAAUCGCCACGCAUGGUGGAAAUCCUGGUGGGAAUUCUCGCAAACAUGGCGGUCUUUCCCGAUUUGAGCUUGGCCUUGUCACAGCAGUCAGAUUUACUAAGAACCGCCCUCUAUCUACUGGGCAGUACGGAUACGCCAACGCUCAUACAAGUCGUUAGGUUGUGCCAUGCCUGUCUCAGCAACCAAGAGGCUCUGAAAAUGUGGUUGGAUGCUAUAAAGGGGAGCAGUAGUUGCCUCUCUGACGUACAGUUUAUGCUCAGCAAUUGCCUUAAUGGUGAAGUGCUGAAGACCUGCAUACAAGCCCUGGACUGCUUACUUGACCAAGACUCAGAGUUGUGCGCUCACUGUUCGAAUGCAGACUUUGUGGAUGCCAUUUGUGUUGCUGCAUCACAGCUAAGUGGGUCCGACAGAUUGGACAGCCUGGGAGCGUUCUGGCACAUACUACAUUCCCUCGAUUAUGAAAACAAAAUUGGCCACCUCUUGCUUGGACAUCGUGAGCAGCUGCACGACAUACUUCGAGAAUGUCUCUGCGAGUGUUGCGACACGGAGCACACCCUGCCUUCCACACAGCGUUGCCAAAGUCUCGCGGUUACUUUAGCUGUCAUCUGCAGCUUGGAAGAUGCUGCCUUGGCAGCAAACCAGCCUUCCAGAUUUGGUUAGUUUGUGCUGCUGCAAUGAUUGUGCU